UCCGACCUUAGACUCGACCGCCCAACCGACAGGCCCUCAGCCUUCCAUUAUCGAUAUAUAGCGGUGUUUGCUCUUCCAGGGAACCCCCCUCUUCCCUCACAGCGCCCCGCCUGGGCUUCAUGCUGAGCAAGAGAAGGAAAGAGCAGGGAGCCGACCCGGCCUCGGACACACGGGGGAUCCUGAGCCAACCGACACACUGGGACUUCUCCUCCGGCGGAUAGAACUCUCCCUCCAUCUUCCAUUUCACCCUCAUUCCCCUCACACACACACACAGGACAUAAAGCCAUUUCUAUACACGGCCUGACUCCCAGUAUUGAUCUACACACGUUAUAUUCACAUUAUAUUCACCUUUUAUUCACCUACUGACCCUGCCAUCUCCCCCUCCUACACCAACAUCACUAUAUAUACUUCCCUCAUCCUCCAGCAGCCUCUAUACACCCAUUACACACACGCAGACAUAUAUAUAUAUAUCUACACACACAUAUAUAUACCUACACUGACAGUCCCUUGCAGCUCAUUAUAUCCUCUUUAUUAACAGACAUUUCCACAGCAUAACCCCUAGUCCAGUCCCUACAUCCAAUGAGAUCACCUGCCAUCCCACAUACAGGAAUACACUGAGCCAGGCAGAGAUCGUGCUCCCAUAAUACAGGCUUCCAGACAGCACUACGUACCCUUCCUGCCCAUAACAUUGGAUGCUUUCACCGUACAGCGUUCUUUACUGUCGGCACCAAUUCCGCAAAGUAUAGAGCAGAAAAAACGUAGAUAUUUCUCCACCAGCUCAUUCUCUGCCAGCCUAGCGACAUACAUAAUCAGUGUUUUAUAAGCGUAUGCGUAGAAUUAGGUCAUUUUGUUCGUUAACAUUCACAUAGAGUUCACUUGCAGUUUGUAGAACAUGUACAAAUAGCUCUCUCUCUUUCUCAAAUACAACAUUGUCUCAUCUCCCUAUAUACAUACUUUGCACACUCUUCUUCUCCGACAUACAGAGCCAGAACUGCCUCCAUUUUCCCCUAACAUACACACCAGCAACUCUGCCACUGUCCCCGGCAUAUAAAACACUCCAGACAGAUUAGACUUCACGGCAGCAAGCUCUUCUAUAAGAAACACCUGCGUAACAGCUUUCACCCUCACAGUGAUCCCCCUCAAGGCACAAAAUACACUCUCACCAUUUCAUACACCCUAUAACAGCACUGCAUCCCCAAGCCAGUCUCGAACUGCGGAUUAGAUAAAGAGGACAAGAACAACAGCCAAUUCGUUUCCAUGGACAACACGUCCAUCAUCACCCAGGUCUCUAACCCCAAGGAGGAGGGAAUCCUGUCCUGUGCCCAGGAAAAGGUCUCCCAAUGCAAUAUUAGCCUAAAAAAGCAAAGGAACAGAAGCAUCUUCGGCUCCUUAUUCUGCUGUUUCCGUAGUUACAGCGUAGAGCCACCAAACUCGAAUAAUAACAGUAGCCCUCUUCCUCCGCUGGUGGAAGAAAAUGGGGGCAUUCAGAAGGGUGAUCAGACUCAAGCCCUUACCAUUCCCAGUCCACCUACUAAAUACCUCCUUCCUGAACUGAAAGUAUCCGAAUAUGGGAAGAAGUGCGUGGUCAUUGACCUGGAUGAAACCUUAGUGCACAGUUCAUUUAAGCCUAUAAACAACGCAGACUUCAUUGUUCCAGUUGAAAUAGAUGGAACAAUACAUCAGGUCUAUGUGUUAAAACGACCCCACGUAGAUGAAUUUCUUCAAAAAAUGGGCGAGAUGUUUGAAUGCGUUCUCUUCACAGCCAGCCUUGCGAAGUAUGCCGAUCCAGUGGCUGAUCUGCUAGACCGGUGGGGAGUGUUCAACGCACGACUCUUCCGAGAAUCCUGUGUUUUUCACAGGGGAAACUACGUCAAAGAUUUAAGCCGCUUAGGUAGAGAACUGAGCAAAGUGAUUAUAAUCGAUAACUCUCCUGCGUCAUACAUCUUCCAUCCAGAGAAUGCCGUUCCUGUAAUGUCUUGGUUCGACGACAUGGCGGAUACAGAGCUGCUCGAUCUCCUUCCUUUCUUCGAGGGACUGAGCAAAGAAGAAAACGUUUACAACAUGCUAAAUAAGUUAUGUAACAGGUAGCCCUGGCCAAGCUCUCCGCUGUGAAAAAGCUGCGAAUUGCAGCAGCUUCAGACUGAGCCCCGUCUCUUGACUCUUCGCUUCUCCACCCUGACAUGUUUUGCUCUGAACCAAUAAGCUCUGCCAAACAGAAAUCCAUCACAAGAAGAUCAGCUCUUGUUCUCCCGAAGGGUUUGAAUGAUGCUGUGCAGCCUUUCACAACUCCAUUGAACUCAAUUCUCUAACCGAGUAAAACAUUUUGUUGCCGAAUGGAAAAGCCGCUUGCCGAUUCUUCGGCAUCUCUGGGGGUCACUGAGCAAUGGACGGUGGAAAGACAAUAUUUUUUAAAGAUAAACUUUUUGUCUCUAAUUUUUCUUAAAAUUAAUAUGGACUUUCAGGCUUUUAUAACCAGAAGAAAACAACACACCAAAUGAAACUGAAUCUACAAAGAAGAACAUAGUAAAUGGUUGAUGCUAAUGAUGCUAAAAAAAAAAAA